AUGAACGCGAGAGAAGAAGAAAAAGGUUGUUCUCCCUCCAAUAGCCCCUAUGGAUCAUCUCCUCCGGCUAUUUCUACUACCACUCCGAAAAGUAAUUUCAACUCCAAACCACAACUACCAACCAUGAUGGGAAAAACACCACCUGAAAAGAACACUCCUACCCAUCCACGGAAAGUCGUUAACUUUCAUUCCUCCUCUAAAUCACCCCCUUCCAAAGAAUUGGACGUGAAAAAAGCUCGAGCUCAAGCCUUAAUGGAAUCCCCCAAAAGCCCUCGGAAACGAAAUGAAGCCAUCAUGAUCUCACCUCGAUUAAGAUCGGAGCCUAUGAUGGGUUGUGAAUCAUGGGAAGUUGUUUCCAAGCAAGAUCUCAGCCAACGGGAAUCCAUUGCAGCCGAACGAUUUUUACGAUAUUUACAUAAUAAUCAAAACAUGUCGUUGGAAAGUGCAAGGUUGGCAUUUUCAAAAGUGAACACAAAUGUUCUCUUGUCGGACGAUGAACAAUCAUCGAUUAAAUUCAUUCGGUUGGAGGAGCUUGAGAAGCUUCUUAAGGAUCUUCCUCCACAAGAUGAAAAACAAUACAUUAUGGAAUGGUUAAACGAUUUGCACGAUCAAGAGGAAAUUCAGAGAAUGACAAAGACAGGCCUGGAUCAAAUGUUUGAUUCCCAUCAGGAUCCACACAAAACAGGACUCACCAUUGAGAGUCUACAUCAACAGGUUACAAAUUUCAAAAACAUGUUCAUUCAAGUGAGUGAAAAGAUCUUUAAAAAGUGGAUAUUGUCCAACCGAUUAGAAUCGAUUGUAUCACAUCUCAUGUUGGCCUACAAAGAAAUUUCAAAUCAAUUAAUAUGCAAUAGGUCAGAAUCAAUUGUACCAUAUAGCUCUAUUGAGGUAAUGGUGAGGAAAGAAGUUGAAAAACAAUUACGCUCUCAUCAACAUAAUCAUUCGAUGGAAGUAACCCAUUACUCAUCAACAUUUUCAAAUGAAUAUGAACGCCUCAACCAGAAAAUAGAUACCUCUAUUAAGGAAGUUACAAAGAAAAAUGAUGAAGCUCUUGAACUCAUGAUGGAUAGGAUUCUUCAAGAUUCAGAGGAGCAGUUCUCUUUCUUAACUUCAAGUAUUGGAAAUUUGCAAAAAGAUCUCCUCAAACUUCAACAUCAGAGUGUUGCUUCAACUUUACCUAUGAACCUUCCAGUGUUGAGUUCUGUAAAUCAAAAUAACGUUGAGUCUAAAGAAGGAAAGCUCUUCACCGAAGAUUUAAUUCGAUUAAAACAUGCAUUCGAAUCAAAAUUGAAAGAAAUUUCAGGGAACAUGUUUGGACAUUUGGAGAGCACAAGUAACAUAUUGGAGAGGUGCAACAACAUUGAAAGAACUUUUGAAAAGAAAUUUCGAGAGUUAAAAUCAAAAACGGAGAAAGAAACAAGCGUUUUAAAUGACAAGAUCAAUUCCAUGCAAACACAAAUUUCAGAGAACGAUUCAAAAUAUUUAGGCAUUCUUGAAAGUCAAAGCUGGGCAGAGAUGACAACUAAAGAGCGCCUCUAUGAAACAAAAUUAGAGGAAACAAAAAAAUAUUUUGCUCAUCAAAUUUCACAGCUCUCACAAAAUAUUGAUCAUCUUUUCAAGCACCAAGAUGAAUCGGAAAAAAGUAUGCAAACAAUUGCAAAAUCAAAUAUCCAAUUAACCCAAGAUAUUCACCUCCUUCAUACAGAAAAUUAUAAAAUUCGAGAAUUACAAGAAAUUUAUGAUGAGAAAAUUUCAAAAAUUGAAAUCGAGCACGAGUCGCUCCGAAAUUUACUCGACAAAUCACUGGAAGAAGAAACCUCUUCAAAGGAUAUUAUGAAAAAUAUGGAGCAUGAAAUAGAGCUUCACAAGGAUACCAUUUCAAAGCUACAGUCAAACAUAGCAAUGACAUCAGAAAAACUCUCGAGCGCUCAACAAGAAAUUAAUAAUUUAUCCAAUCAUCAGGGAUCAUUGGAAUGUAUUGUAAAUAAUUUACGGCAAGAUCUCAUAUCCAACACAAAAGAUUUACAACAACAUUUAAAAUAUCAACUGGAUACUAACAAGUGCAUUGAGACAGCUAUCAUGAAUUUAGAGAGCGUACGAAAUGAAAACAAGAUUUCCAUACAAAAUGUGGAAAUCAAAUCCACCGAAAGAGACUCCCUAAUUUCGUGUAUUCAAAAAGAUGUGGAAACGUUACGAGAGAAAGUUUUCAUAUUUAAUGAAUCACUCUUAUCUUUAGAUGAACGCUCUAAAACUAUUAAUGAACAACUAGCAAAGAAUGCAAACGAUAUUACUAGCUCUCUAUCGGAAAUGAAAUCCUACGUAACAACAGAGUUGGCUCAAAUCAAACAUCGUUCAGAAGAAAAUCAGAGUAUAUAUAACAAAUCUUUCCAAGAGCAGGAGGAUAAAAUUUCCGAUAUUCAAAGAGAAAUUCUAGAAAUGAAAAUGUAUUACGAAAAUAUAUUGUCUUUGCAGAGCUCCAAACUCGAAUCUUUAUCGUCUCUAAAAGACGACAUUUCAUCAUCAAGCCAAAGACAGCAAUUCAUUGAAACAGAGCUACGUCGAUUGAUAGAAUCUCUCUCAGCACAACUGAAUCAGCUUCACACUCACCACAAGACCAUCAUUGAACCUUGUUUGCAAGAGUAUCGUCUAACAUUUGAUACACUGGGAAUUUGGAGGAGUGGGAUUGAGGACAGUGUUGUAUUACUGAAAAAAAAGACACAAGAAAUUCAGAAUGGACACGAUCUAAUGGAUUCAACAAUGCAUUCUUUAGAAAAAAUAGUUAAAGAUUUGGAAAAGAACUUGACGUCUCAAGUCAAUACUAUGAUCAAAGAGGCAAUGAAUGAUCUAGAGAAACGUAUGAACGAGUUGAAUACUCUAAUAACCUCGAAUGGACUGAAACUUGACAAACAUGUCUUGACAUUUAAAAAAGAUAUUGAUCUACUUUCAAAAAGUAGCUCCACUUUAUUGGACGCACUUCAUCAUUCUGAGCGAGGACUCUCAGAUAAAAUCUCUACCACUAAUCAGCACAUUGAAUCGAUUCAUAAAUGGAAAAGUGUCAUUGAUGGUUUCAUACAGACCCUCCAACAAGAUGUCGAAAAAGAAAAGGCCAAUUCCGAACAAUUUUUGAAGGACAUUACUAAACUUCAAACAUGGAAACAAGAGACUGACCUCAAUUGGAAUAUGUUUCAUCAACAACUUAUUGGUUUACAGUCAAGCAAGGAGCAAUUCGAAAAUUCUUUCCAAGAGAAGUUGAAAAUAUCUGAGGAAAAACAGCUUACAAUUAUCAAUGUGGCCCAUGAAGAGUUUAUUCGAAUCGAAGGCAAGCUCAAUGAGGCCUUAAUGACUAUAUCCGAUAUCCAGAUGCAUACCGAAAAUUUGGAGUCGAAUAUGAACGAUAGAAUUGUAGCUUUGGAAGAGAAAGUUGGUUCAUGCCCGAACGAGAUAAAGAGGAAUUUAGAUGAGAAAAUUACAAACACCGAGAUUGGAUUGACAGAGAGAAUCAAUGCGCUACAAACCACUCUUGAAUCAAAGUUGGAGCAGAAUUACAUUGAAUCACGUAAUACUACUGAAAAUGCAGCCUCGCUUGCACUUGAACGUGUCCACACGCACAUUGCACAACUACAAGAAUGGAGAACAAAAAUUGAAGAAAACACCAAUCAACGCAUUUCAUCGAUUCAUACCACUCUAGAAUCUCACAAAUCAACCUUAGAAGAUUUUCAGGCAGCUACGACUCAACACUUGAAUAUAUUCAACACCUGGAAAAUCAAUUCAGAAGAGAAGUUGGAAAAUCUUUUGUGUCUGGUCAAGGAUCUAAAGGAACACGACGAUCAUGUGGAUAGGAGUGUGAAAGAGCUGCAGAGCAUUAUGGUUACAAAUGAAAUGGCGUCGAGUGGUACUACAGUGCAAGAGAAAAUGCUGAACAUGUUAGAGAUCCAAGAGACGUCUAUACGUCACACAUUUAAUGAGAGAUUUUCAACAAACGACAAAAGCAUUCAAGAAUUGAGGGAUGUGACAGAUCAAAUUAGAAAUCAUUUAACUUUGCUAAACCAAAAUUUGGCUAGUGUAGAACACUCAUUCAAGCAACAAAUCGUGAGCAUGUUGGAGAAUGCAAAUUCAACAUGUUGCACAAACAUGCACGCUCUGGAACAGACCAUGCUAGAUCGAUUAGACACGCUCUCUGUCAAUCUUGAUCAAAGAAUGGAUCAACACAAGAGACAUGUUGAGACGGCCUUGCAAAAGUCCACCACACUCAGCCAAGAAAUUCAAAUGUUGUCUCAAGUUACGACCCAACUCGAUCACCAGAUUCAACAAUUGGCUCAACAUUUGACCACUCUAGAGAGCCAAAAGCUCAAAGAAAUGGAUGAUAAUAUUGUGGAUAUUUACAAAAAGAUUGUCAAGCUGUAUGGACAAAUGGACAUGCAAGGAGAGGCAUCCAAGUUAAUGGAGAAUAUUAUUGGCAUACAGGCUGUCCUUAGUGAAAGCCAUCGAAAAAUUAGUGAUAUGUGUGAACGUUCAUUGAGCGACAUGGAAACACAUGCUGUAUCAUUAAUCAGUGAUUUUUGCAACAUUUUGAAAGAAAAGAGAGAGGCCAUGUCGUCGAACAUGCCGACCUGGCCACCAACUUCUGGUACACCAAAUAGACCAGAAACUCGGAACACGGACGACAAACUCGGAACAGUGUCACACAGAAGAGAAGAAAAAGAGAUCUCUGUUGGGCAACAUCUUUCACAAAGCACAUCACCACCCCUCGAUGAUGCUGACGAUAAUGACGCUGAGGCUGAGUAUGCAUCCAUGAUGCAACAAAUUCUUCUUUUGCAAUCAAUGGCUCAGAAUCUACCUUCCUCUCCUCAAAGUAAAUAA